AUGGCGCACCCCAGCAAGAGCAUCGCCACCACCCCAACAGAGCUGCGUGGCUCCCUGCCCGCGACCUUUCAAAGCUUCGCUAGAGGCACGCCGACAGACCCGCAGCGGAGGCUGUCUGGUGCUGUUAGCGAGCGCCUCGACACGCCAGAGGGCGAGGGCAGCACGCCAGCACGCCACGCAGGGCCGCCUGCCGCUGCGGCAGCGACGCCGGCGCUCCAGCCGGCGCAGCUUUUCCGCGAUGUUGGCAGCCUGCCUUCGCCCCUCGAAAUGGGCGAAGACCGAGCCAACGUGACGCCCCUCGCCUGCCCGCUCGGCAGCGGCAUCCCCGGCCCGCGUGGCACGAGCAAGGGCAGCCCCCUUGCUUUCAAUGCCAGGGGCAGACCAGCGCUUGGCGGGUUGCGUGCUUGCGGCAGCCACGCCGUUAGCGGGAGCCAGGGGUCGCCGGCGGGCUCGACGCCUGGCAGCGGCGGCGGUGGCGCCAGCGCGGCCGGCGGCGGCGGCGGCAGCGGUGUGGCGGGCGCGCUGCCCGGGCGUGGCGGCGCGGUCAGCGCGAACCGGGGCGCGUCAGCGGUGGUGGAUUUGACGCAGGGUGCAUUGGAUGACGUCACCCAGGAGGCGAAGCUGCGGUCCCAGCAGCUGCCUGUUCAGCCGUCGCUGCUGCAGCCGCACGCACAGCCCCAGCAGCCCGGCUGCAACGGCAGCCAGUGGACGGAUGAUGAGGGGGUCAUACAUUUGGACUGCAGCAGCGACGAGGACGCAGCCGUCGAGCUGGGCGCGAUGGAUGGCCGCAAAGAGAAGCCAGGGGCGGAGAAGGCGGACAUCAAGGAGCUUCCAGAGCAGCAGCAGCAGCAGAAGCAGCAGGUGCUGGUGCAGCAGCAGCAGCAGCAGCAGCAGCAGCAACAGCAGCAACAGCAACAGCAGCAGCAGCAGCAGCAGCAGCAGCAGCAGCAGCAGCGAAAGGAGGUGCAGAUGAAUCUGGGUGUAUGCGGAGGCGGUGCUUAUGGCAAGGAAGGUGAGCGGCAGCAGGAGGAGCCAGGUGCGCGUGUGCGUGAGGCGCCGGCUUCCAGCUCAGAUCGCAGCGAAAGGGGCAGGGCGGGCGAUCAUUCAGCGGGUCGGAGGCCGCCCGUCGAGCCUCACAGCCCCCUGGCCGCUGCCCCUGGUCCGCCUGACGCCGCGAGCGACAGCGACGCCGCUGCCUGCGCCAGCGGCGCGCGCGACGGCAGCAAGGGGAGGUGGUGCGCCGCGGCUGGUCCAGCCAGCGGAGGGGCGCCAGCCCAGGCUGCAAGUUUGCAGGAUGCUGGCGCCCCCGCACGGGUGCCGCAGCAAGCCCAGCUGGAGCAGCAGCAUCAGGCGGCGCCCGGUCCUCCGGCGCGCACGUCCCCAUCGCAGCAGCCAGUGCAGCAGCAGCAGCAGCAGCAGCAGCAGCAGCUGCGGCAGGAGAAGCAGCAGCAGCCGCCCCCGCCGCCGCAGCAGCAGCAGCAGCAGCAGCAGCAGCAGCAGCAGCAGCAGAUGUGCCAGAAACCGACGGAGCCAGGGAGAAAGCGGCGGCGCGAGCACCCACAGCUGCAGCAACAGCAGGAGCAGCAGCUGCAGCAGCAGCAGCAGCAGCAGCAGCAGCAGCAGCAGCAGCAGCAGCAGCAGCAGCAGCAGCAGCAGCCGCCUGGCGAGGCUUUGCAGGGUCCCCAAGGGCGCGGGCAAGGCGAGUCCCAGCAGCUUUCGCAGUCUAGCCCCUGCCAGCGAGACCCACGAAAGCGCUCGCGGCAAGCGCAGCCCGCCUCGGCAGCAGCAGCAGUAGGGGCUGCGGCGGCCGCAGUGGCGGCAGUAAAGGCUGCGGCGGCGGCAGUAGCGGCAGUGGGGGCCGCGGCGGCGGGAGCAGCGGCAGUGGGGGCGGCGGCGGUGGGGGCAGGGGCGCCAGUGCGCAGCGCAGCCGAGGCCACCACUUCUACGGGCCCCAAAGCUGGCACCCGAGUGCAGAUGAAUGGCAGCGCGGGCCCGAGCGGGCCGGGGCUGGCGGGUGGGCCGGCCGCCGCGGUUGGCGGCGGCAGCGGCGGCGGCGGCAGCGGUCACGCCGACGACGAGCUCCAGCGGCGAUACAGCGUGUACCCUUUUCCCGCGGAAGCGGCCUGUGCUGCCGCCUAUGUGGAUUACGUAGAGCAGGGUCAAACCGUUGACCAGGCAGCCCUCGAGCAGCUGGCGGAUCUGCUGCUGCCCGCCCAGGGCCCGCAGCACGACCCCCAGCCCACGCCCCCCUCCCAGCCGACGCCGCCGCCGCCCCGCCGCGGCGCCCGCGCCCGCCAGCGCGGCAAGCGGCCGCGGAAGGCCGCGCCGCGGCAGCUGUGCAUCGCGGAUGAUGGGGGCUUCGAGGGGCUGCGGGCCUGGGCGCCUGCGGGUGCCAAGGUGGGGCAGUUUUAUCUGCCGAUGGUGGACCAGGGCCAGGGGGACUCUGCGAGCAUCGUGUUGGUUGAGCUUCCAGAACGCCUGAGAGACGAGCUGCUGGACCCGCAGACCGCCAGGGAGGUGGAGCGCCGCACGCGCGUGGAGGCGGUGGCGUGCCGGUGCCACCCCUGUUACCGCAACCCCUUCCCAGACAUCUCGAUGCCGCAGCAGGGAGAGCAGCAGCAGCCGCCGAUGUGCAUCAAGGUGAACCAGGACCUCGCCCCCGGCCGCCUGGUGACGGUUUACUACGGCCGCGUGCUGACUCAGAUGGACGACAGCGACGAGACCAGCGAUGACUUCAGGGGGUUUGUCGGGCUGCACCACGUCUACACCUUUAACCAUGCGCUGCCGGUGAGGGGGCAGCAGCGGGUGGUGUACGGCCUCACAGAGGAGGAGGGUGAGGAGGAGGACAAGGGCGGCGGCGGCGGCGAGCUGGGGGACUCCGAGGAUGAGGACGGCGGCGAGGCGGGCAUGUGGGAGGGGCUGCAGCUCAGCACGCGCGGAAAGGCGCACCUCGACAUCGCCAGCGGCAGCGGCGGCGGCGGCGGCGAUGGCGGCGGCGGCGCCCGUGAGCGGCUCUGCCGCGGCGUGCUGCUGAACGACCCGACCUGCUGGCUGGACGACCCCGCGGUCGCCGCCCAGCCCUGCCCCCAGGGCGCGGCCUGCCGCUGCGACUCCUACCGCAACCGCCGCGCCAACUGCCACGUGCGGAUGGUGGUGUUCAAGAAGGCAGACAGAGAGCUCAUACCCAUGCUCAUAGUGCUGACCAAGCGGCGCGUGGCGCGGGGCGAGGAGGCGCUGCUGAGCUAUGGGCGCAAGGGCAAGGGCGGCUACUUUUCGGUCUGCCUGCAGAACAUCCGCCAGUGGCGGUACGGGGAAGACCUGCGGCUGCGCGCAGAGCGGGCCGAGGCCGAGCUCGAGGAGCUGCGGCGGCGCUGCGGCGCGCUCGACGCGGCCAACCAGCAGCUGCGGGCGGACGCCGCCCGCCGCGAGCGCGUGCCCGUGGGCACGCCGUUGGCGGCGGCGGCGGCGGCGGGGAGGCAGGAGGGAGAGCAGCAGGCCGGGCGCGAGGCGGCAGUGGCUGAGAUGCGGGAGCGGCUGGCGGGUGCGGAAGCGCGGGUCCUGAAAGCCCAGGUGCGCGCCGCGGCGGCCGCCAUGGCGCACGCGAGCGAGGUCAGGGGGCUGCGCGAGCAGCUGGCGGAGGCGCGGCAGGGGGAGGAGGGCGCGACGGCGCAGCUUGCGAGGGCGGCGCAGGCCGCGCGGGAGUCAAGGGAGGAGGCCGUCGUCCUCAAACAGCAGCUGUGCCAGGCCCUGGCUGCGCAGCGGCAUGCAGAGGCCGACGCAGCGGAUGCGCGCUCCGAAGCCCGCGCAUUGCAGCAGGCCGCCGACGCGGCGGCCAAGCUGCUGGCGUCAGUCGCGUCUGGCGCGGCGCGGGCGGCAAAAACGCGGCCGCCGCCCGCGGCGGCGGGGGCGGCGGGGGCGGCGGAGGGCCCCGCGCGGGCUGCUGCGCGGCGCUCGAGCGCCGUUGGACGCGGCGGGCCUCGGGGCCCGCAGUGGGAACACGCACAGGAGGAGCAGAAGGCGCCACAGCAGGAGUACCAACAGCAACAGCAGCAGCAGCAGCAGCAGCAGCAACAGUAG